GCUAUGAUUGGAGCUUGUACUCUGAAUGAACCGAUUGCAUUAAUCAUGGAAUAUCUUCCACAUGGAAAUCUACACAAUUUCUUACAGAGGUGCCGUCUGGAUGGACAACCAAGAAAGAACAUUGAAGAUGGUUACACUGAGAUGAUGUAUUCUGUUAAAGAUGACGAUGGAACGGUCCACGAAGAAGUGAUAUCACCUGUCGAUAUAUUAUCAUUUGCUAGACAAGUGACGAUGGCUAUGGAAUACAUGCACAGCAAGAAAUAUUUACACAGAGAUCUUGCUGCCCGAAAUGUACUUCUUGAUUACAAGAAAGUGGUCAAAGUCUGCGACUUUGGACUGUCCAGAGACAUCUACAACGACGACCAAUACCAAAAACUGACCAGUGGUAAACUUCCCAUUAAAUGGAUGGCCAUGGAAUCUCUUCGAGACCGCAUGUUCACAACUAAGACCGAUGUAUGGUCAUUCGGAAUCUUACUUUGGGAGAUUGUUACCAUGGGAGCAUCCCCCUACCCAUCCAUAGCUUUGGCAGAUCUUUACGAAGUGUUGGCAACAGGAUAUAGGAUGGAGAAACCAGAACAUUGUUCCAAUGAGUUGUAUGAAAUCAUGAGACUCACAUGGCGGGAAAAACCAAAAGAUCGUCCGACCUUUCAUCGACUCCGACUUCUCAUUGAAAAUUUAAUGGAAAAAGACAGAACAUAUCUCGAUUUGAGCAGCCUAGUUACGUCCCUUGGAAGUCAAGAAUAACCUAGUUGUUUCCCUUGUAUCAUAAAAUAUUGUUUACUGGCAGAACGAAACUAUUUUCACGCUUCAGAGCACGCACGCUCACACACACACACACAUACACAUUCGUACUUAUUUUUCUUUUACUUUGUGUUUUAUACAAGAUAUACAUUUACCAGUCCGACGCAGACAAAGCUGGAGUUACCGAUAUACAUACAGCUAGCUAGCUAGCCUGCUUUAUAGAUCGAUAGAUAGAUAAAUAGAUAGAGAUAGCGAGCUAGCUAGAUAGAUUCAAUCGCAUAAAAUCUCAGGCUUUUGAAGGUGUCCAUGGUACUACUAAAGCAGCGCGGACCCGAACGCGCAGCCGCGCUAGCUAGUCUUGAGUGGUCGAUCCUAACCCUAACCCUAUCCCUAACCCGCGUGUGCAAAUGAAUACGUGUUUAGGGUUAGGAUCGACCACUCACGACUAGCUAGCGCGGACGCGCGACUCCGCGUUCGGGUCCGCGCUGCUUUAGUAGUACCGGUGUCCAUUAUGUAAAAUGACAGUUGUAAAUAUUCUUUUCUACUCUAGGCACAAGGCCCGAAAUUUUGGGGGAGGGAGGGCCAGUCGAUUAGAUCGACCGCAGUACGUAACUGGUACUUAAUUUAUCGACCUCGAAAGGAUGAAAGGCAAAGUCAACUUCAGCGGAAUUUUGAACUCAGAACGUAAAGACAGACGAAAUACCGCUAAGCAUUUCGUCCGGCGUGCUAACGGUUCUGCCAGCUCGCCGCUUCCUAAUCCCUAAAUAUUCUGAAAGAAAUAUUAUGAUGGGAAUGACUUUAAAUCCAUUAUCAAACCAUAUUGACUGUGUUCAUUGCUUAUG